UAUAUUUUUUCUAUCAUGAGUCAGACCUGCAGCCAUUUGGCUGGUGCAUUGAAGUCAGCAGGGUUUAACUGGAUAAUCAUGUAUUUUAAGCUUUAUUUGCAGACCUUGAGCAAAGAAACACAUUUACUGUAAAGUUACUGAGCAUUUGUUGUGCAUGUUGUGUGAAUCAAACAACUGGAGUCCAGUUAUGUCUAAUAUUAGGUCUGCUGUGAACAGCUCUGAAAUCAUUCGUCCUCCAGGUUUUUACAUCAUCGGAUUUCAGUCGUUUCCCUUCAUCAGCGUCUACUUUAUAUUUCUAGCCUUUGUCUACGUGGUCACGCUGCUGUUCAAUGCUUUAGUGAUUUAUACAGUUGCAUUGAAUGGUUGUUUACACACGCCAAAAUUUGUGGCUGUGGUCAACCUCGCAUUCAUCGACGUCAUCCUCAACUCUUCUACUAUUCCUGGGAUGAUGAAAAUCUUCCUGUUCAAGGAAAACUUUGUUCCUUUUGACCUGUGUUUGGUGCAGAUGUUCGUUUACUACACGUCUGCGUCUCUGGAGUCGUUUGCUCUUGCUAUUCUCGCCUAUGACAGGUUGGUUGCGAUAUGUUUCCCCCUGCGUCAGAACUCUCUGAACACACUGCGCAGCAUGUCCUACAUCAUCAGCGUGACCUGGUGUUUUACUCUGGGCAUCUGUGCGUUUGCCAUCGGGAUAAUGACUCAAUUGUCUUUUUGCAAAUCUGUCAAUGUGUACGGGUACUUCUGUGACUAUUUGCCUGUAUUUACACUGGCCUGUAACGACUACUCACUGCACUGGUAUCUGGCCUCAACUCUCUUUAUAAUGAUUCUCGGUGGACCCUUUAUUUUUAUUUUUCUGUCCUAUAUCAGCAUCCUGGUCACUGUGUUCAGGAUGAAAUCUAUAGACAGUCGAGUAAAAGCUUUGGCUACUUGUGUUGAGCAUCUGAUCCUUGUUGCUCUGUAUUACAUUCCUCUUAGUACUAUUUUUAGUGUGCAGUAUUUUAGUGUGCAACGCAUUGACCCAAACCAGCGGGUGCUCAGCCUGUCUCUGGCCUCAUGUUUACCACCCUGUGUCAAUCCCAUUGUAUAUUCUUUCAAAACCAAAGAAAUUAGAGUCAGAGCUCUGGCUCUAAUAAGAGCAAAGAAAACAGGCAUGGACAUAAAGUUUGGUUAAUAAAGAAAAACAAUGUGUUUUUUAAUGAAUUAUUUGCCCAUUGAUGAUGAUGAUGAUGAUGGAGUGAUAAGACUUUAAUUAAUUCUCUUAAACACAAGCUUCCAGGCAGCUUUCAAUCACUACUUAAUCUAACACUGACAGCAUCUGUUACUGGACAACACCCUCUUAGAACAGAGGAUCUGAAGCCAGUGUCGUCUCCUACGUCAGUCUGCAGUGGAACAACAGUAUAGGACUAAAUGCUUUUGCUGCCUUCCUAAAAAUUAUAUGAAUAAAGGCAUCGGUGUAAAUCUGUCAUUGAUACUGUUUAUUCACCUAUUAAUGUUGAAUUUGAUCAGCAUGAUAUAAUUACCAUAGAAUGGAGUUUUUUUAUUUUAAUAAUAUAUUAAAUUAAGCAGUUCCUUUUACAGUCCCUAAACACUGAGUCCCUUUUUUAACUUA